CAACGUGAGGAGGUGAACCUCGUAGAUACCCCUGAGAAAAACGCUCCGCAGCGAAACUCCAGCCAUCUCAUGCCGACGAUGAUAUGGCAGCUGGAAGAGUAAGGUCCUUCCGUCGUGUUGGGAGUCUCAUGCGGAGUAGAUCUGAAGGGACACUGAUUGAUCUGGAUGACACCGUCUCAACCAGUGGCAACCGAGAUGGUGUGUUUGGGACACAAUACUCUGAAUGGCCACUUUCCCAACCAGAAGACACACGUUCAUCUCAGUCGAAAAAUCCCUUUUGGGACAAACUGUCUGGAUCAAAUCCUUUCUUAGACGACAUUGUACACAGCAGCACAGACAGACACAUUUCCAAUGUGAAACAAAAUAAUAAAAAUCCCAAUAACGAUGACGUCAUUAGCACAUCUUCGGAUGAAGGCAACGUGGGGAACUACUUGGAGAACAAGCACAAUGCCAUCGACAGAUGCAGAAGUGCCUCUGACAUUCUGGAUGAUCUGGAGAGAAAAGUGCCAAAACAGGAGAGCAGCUUCAAACCGCCUGGGCCGGUGCUCAACCCAGAUUUUGAAUGGCUUAAGAACGACAGAGAGGCCUACAAGAUGGCCUGGCUGAGCCACAGGCAGCUAACCCGCUCGUGUCUGGACUUAAAUCUGAUGAGCCAGAGUCUGGGGUGGGCUCAGACACAGGCCACUGAUUUUCAGGUCAUCUGCAAGAUCGGCCACACUGGAGGCUCAGUGCGGUUGCCGUCCUCGGAAAAUAUCAUCCAUAUCCCAGAAGGCCACGUUCCUCCAGGAGAAGUCCAGGAGGUUACACUGAAAGCAAUGCUAGACCCUCCCCCUGGACUCAAUAACAACUACAUGACAACCAUGAGUCCGCUUCUCGAGGUGGUCCUCAGCAACAUCAACAUAAAGGAGUGCGUUUCUCUGGAGAUGAAGCUGGCCGGAGAGGUAAAGAGCGACCCACUGAGUCAGGUGAUGACGACUGUGGUCGGCCUGAUGUCCAACAAAAGAGAGGGACCGUAUACUAAAGUGAACGACUGUUACAUUAACAAGAACAAGAUGCAAAUGAAGCUGCAGGACCUUAAGACACAUUUCUACGUAAUUGCAGUCGCGGAGGCCUCUGUAAUCCAGUCUCCUGCUACAUCAGUGUGGGAUUACCUUGAUCGCCAAAUCACGGUAGCGGUUUAUGGCCCCAGGUAUAUCCAUCCAUCAUUCAAGGUCGUGAUAGUAGUCUGUGGUCACGAGGACGUUCCGCCGAGGCUGCCGUUUUCAGACAUCUGCAGGGGAUACAAAAAUACACCUCCACUUGUGCUGCAGGUUUGGGGAAAACACAGGUUUCAACCAGACCAACUGAACAACCUGCAUGUCGUCAUGAGCCUCACAGGCUCGAUGUUUAAAAUAAAACCUGAGGACGAACGGAAAGAAGUGGGACAAAGUCGGCUCAAAUUAGGGACAGUUUUUCAUCUGCCAGUUGCGAUAUCUUGUGCUAGGAAUACAGAAAUGACUCCUUUUACAUUAGAUGUACAGGUGAAGGACUCAAAAUCUGUAAUUGUUGGCCAUUUCCAGGUGCCUUCCCCUCCCGCCGCACCCAUCAGAUCAGAGAAGCGAGUGCCGAGGCCGAUAGAAAUGGCAAGAAGCUCACCUAUCCCUGAAGAAAGUGUUCCGGAUUUCCCCAAAUUUACAGACAGACCUGUGAAACUGCAGUGCUACGCUGUAGCCUUAAAGUCAGUCCUCCGUCAGCCACGUGUAGACUACCUUCUGGAGUAUUUUAAGGGGGACACUGUAGCUCUCCUAUCCAGAGAGACCGUCAGGUCAGUGGGUAACUCUAAAGUAAAGGAGUGGUAUAUCGGAUUCCUCCGAGGCAGGACGGGUUUGGUUCACUGCAAGAACGUCAAGCUCAUCAGCACAGACCAAGUGAUUGACUUCACCGGCAUUCAAAUCAGCACCGAGGUCCUCUUGGACCACAUAACGCUGCCCUUCAAGAAGCUUACUUACAUGUAUUCCGCCAUCCAGACUCUGGUCACUGAACACAUCACCAGCUGGCGAGGUUUGGCGGACGCUUUAGGGUACGGCAAGAUGACGCUGGACACGAUCACGCGGACGCAGGCUGAAACUCAGGCGGAAAAAGUGGCCUGCGUGCUGGAAAAGCUGAAGGAAGACUGCCACGCUGAGAGGAGCAAGAAGAAGUUUCUGCACGAGCUCAUGGUGGCUCUGUUGAAGAUGAACUCUGUGACUCUUGUGGCCCAGCUGAUUCAGAACACAGUGAUUUUGUCCACCGCCGUGGAGCUGGGAGCUCGAUGGCGGGAGCUUGCUGAGAAGAUGGGCAAACUGUCCAGUGCUCAGAUAGCGGACUAUGAGGCGCCGCACCGAGGCAAGAGCAGGGACGUCGGAGCGCAGUCAAUGUGGAAGCCCGCCUAUGACUUCCUGUACUCCUGGUGUCUGCGGUACGGAGACAGCUACAGGGACAUGAUCCAGGAUCUGCACCUGGUCCUGGACAAAAUGAAGAACCCUGCCACCAGACAGUGGAGACAGUUGACUGGGGCCCUCAUCACAGCCAACUGUCUGGAUAUCUUUCGAGCCUCGGCAUACCCAAAUUCCUAAACUUUACACUCUAGUGAUGACGGCAACUUCCACGCACUUAGGAAAAACAAAGAGGUUUGUUACACAGUAAUAAGGCUUUGAUAUUGUUUGUUUUUGUAUGUUACUUUGCUCUUUUUUUGUAAUUUUUACACAAAGCAUUAGAAGCUCCUUAAUUUAAAUUGUUGUUUGGAUCUUACUUGGUGAAUGUGAAAUGUGUUCAGAUUUUUUUGGAGCAGAGAAGGAAUGUCCUUUCAUCUUACAAAGAGAAGAACAUGAGGUGUAGUUUGUUCUCGAUGUCUCUCCGUACACAAAUGUGGUGAAACCAUAAUGUGAAAGUUAAUUUUGGAACGGUCAUUUUCUGUUGAAUGUUUAUGAGAUGUGUAGUUCCCAACCGACAUCAAUUGUCCUGGGUAUCAAAAAUCUCAACGGGUGCUUGUAUCUGUUAUUCUUUUUCCUGUUAAUAAUAGGCUAAUAUUACCCCAUCUGCAAAUGUGCAUUACCUAAAGACCAGGUACAUUAUUAUUUAUGAAUCUAAUUAGAUUUCUUCUAGUACUUAACUUACUGACUGUAAUUAGUUUGUUUUGUAAGGAUCCACAGUAUUAUGAUCCACAUCACCUGUAUGGAUCCUGUGAAAGUUUGUAUCAAUGGGAUUUUUAAGUUUUCUGUAAAACACUGAAGGUAGUUAAUAAUAAUAAUAAUAAUAAUAAUAAUAAUAAUGUGAACACUGAUGAAAACUAACAAUCUCAAUAUAUCAAUAUAUAUAUAUAUAUAUAUAUAUGUCAUAAAUAUUUAUAUACAUAUAUAUAUAUAAAAAUACCAAAGUGACAUUUUCCUGAUGCCAGUAAACACACAAUCGAUGCUACUUUACAAGUGUCAUAAACUUUAGUUUCUGAAUAGGAGUAUGUUAUUUUUAUACUGUAAUGAAAUGUUUUAGAUAUGUAUAAAGCAGAUCAUUUCAUAAGAUAGACAUUGUAAACAUUGUGUUUGUAUGAUCAUGUUUUCGUUGCCAAAUGGAAACCUCACUGUUGACUGGUGCCAUGUACUGUACAGUACGCAGUGUCUUCAGUCCCGGAAAUGUUAAACAACGAUUAAUAUCUUUGAUACUGAAAUGAAGAUGUGUUGCAUGAGGUAUGAAUAAACAUUAACUGGAGUAAAUGG